AUUAUUGACGACUUGUUUGUCUUCCUCUCGCUAUCGAAUCAAGUACAGUAAAUGUAUUCCAAUACCAUUCUUUGUAUAAAAGUAUGUCAUUUUCUGACAUGUCUACUAACAGCAUGGGCAAUGUCAGACCUGAACAAAAUGGUGGACACCACAUCUCAGGGUCUUCAAGAUGUGACGAUGUGUCACUUCGCAUUGACAAUGACGUGCAGGAAAUGACAGAGUUUCGUCCCUUCCUAAAUGGCGAUGUAAGAGAUGAUUACAAACCAACUGUUAUUGAACCAGAAAAGCUGAAAGCUUUGUGGAGCUUUGGAUACUUGUGUUUAGGGACGUACAUUUUAACAAUAGUUCUAACAAUGGUUCAUGAUCGUAUGCCUGAUUCUAAAACACACCCACCGCUACCCGAUAUAAUUUUAGAUAAUGUACCACGAACUCCAUGGGCAGAAGACAUUGCUGAAGGCCUCAUUACAGCAAUGGGAUUAUUGCUUGGGAUUGUAAUCAUUUUUCAUAAACAUAGGUAUAUAGUACUUAGAAGAUUUUUUUGUACGACGGCAACGCUUUACCUUUUAAGAUGCAUUACGAUAUUUGUGACGGCACUGCCUGAAACGGGACAGAAUAUUGACUGCUCUGCAAAG